AUGAUGGCCGUGUGGCUGUGGAAGUACCAGCAAAAGCCCAAACUUCUGGCCUUGAUGGACCAGCAUUUGCCACCAUCGGAUUCAGCGCAGCUGAGGAACAACCUCAAGGACCACAUCACCUACCGGGAUACCUUUGGUGGACGACCCUUUACGAAGGAAGCCCUGCAGAAGAACAUCAAGGUCCCUGACGGACAGCCAUGGAUUGCAUGCUUGGACCCACGAAGCCAGAAAGCAGCGACCUUCGUUUCUGAGUUCCUGUUUGGGCAAUCCUAUGAUGCAAUGGUGAAACAGGCUGUACGUCACAGCCAAAGCCUUGAGGAGGUGCUGGAACACGCCAACAUUCACAAAACAUGGCAGGAGAUCGUGGCUUCUGGAACCGAGCAGGCAGUCAUGGAUGUGGACUUGGAUGGAUCAGGCCGCAGCAUGGAUGCCUUGUCCAACUUCGUGGAGGUGGAAGCUUUGUCGAAGCUCCAGAUGCCCGAACAUUCAAGCCAAAGGCAAACAGUUGAAAACGCUGUGGAGCUCUCGCGACGCAUGGUGAAGUCCCAGAUCCAGACGGUGGAUGGCAGCCAGUCGCUGGAGAAGUUGGCCAAGCUGCUGUUUAGGAUGGAUGUGAUGAAGUUGAGGGGCGGCACUGACCACUCCUUCCUUGUCCUGUAUGGCAUCGAAGCGGCCGGUGAACACGAGAAAGAUUCCCGGCGGUCCCCGACCCCUGCUAGAAGAGACCACCAGGAGAAGAUCAUGAGAGCCAUCUUCUGCAGCCGCGGAGAGGAGCUGCUGAACUUCGACGACAGCGACAAACUCGUGCCCGCUCUUUGUCUGGAUCUUCAGUUGAGCGUGGAGUUUCUGGGCGUUGUCAAGAUGUUCCUGGCCUGGAGCCUAUGGACUGGUCCAUCCUGCUACUCUGCAAAGCAUGAGACUUGGUACCAAGACAACGCGAGCAAGACCCUCUUCAAGAUGAUGUGCCAGGCCAAAUCUCGACACUACCAACCGGAGUUGGCCAAAGCCAUCAAGGAUACCAAGAAAAAUGAUGAAGAGGCGGAGGGUCAGCCGGCUCCUAAGAAGAAGCCUCGCGGUGGUGGUAGCAGCAGUGCUCUCAAGAAGAAGCGCAAGAGCCGUGGCAAAGGGAAGAAGGGCCGUGGCAAAGGCAAAGAGAUCGAUGAUGGCAGCAUUGAGGAGGGCAACUCGGAUGAUGAUGAGGAGGAGGAGGAUUCCGUGUAG